AUGACUCAAGAGGCCCAGAAGAAGGUGUCAAGCUUCCUAGUGAAGCUGAGGCUGAAGAAUCCUUUGCAGAUUACUGAUAACAGGUCCAGUUCGGAGUCAGAGCGAGCUAACGCUGAAGUUCGCCAGGGGGCAGUCAUGCAGUCUUCAGUAGAGGGCAAAGCUCUCCGCAGCACACAAGGAACCAUCCAUAAUAACUCACCGCUGCACUCCCCACCCACUGGCACUGAUAAGAGUUGCAGAGGGGCAGAGGGAUCUACAUCCCCAGAUAACAUUGACAGCGACAGGAAGAAGAUCAAGUUCCCACUCCUCUUCACCAAGACAGCCGUGGCUGGGACCACCACCAACCCCCUUCUCACUGAGAAUGACCAGCCCAGCGGGAAGCUUUCUGCCAAGGCAGAAAAGGCCCACAAGACUGUGAUGGUGACCGGUAUCCCAGAGGAGAUUGAUGUUGGAGCUAAGGUCAUGCAGAAGACCUUACCGGCUAUAUCCAAGUUCAUUUGGUCACGGCCCAGUCCAAGUGAAGAAGAUGACAAAGUCCAGGGCAAAGUCAAAGACUUCCACAAGACCAAACUAGGUGAACAGAAAGAAGAUAACGUCGAAGAAGGGUCCUCCCAUGGAGCAGAGCAAGGCAGAGGCAGGGACUAUAGCAGGAGGAAGGAGCCCCUCUCCUACGACAUACAACACAGACUCAACCAAGCCAUGACAGAUUCAGACAGACUCAAAGCUAGAGAGGUCAUCAAGAGAAGCGGAACCAUCCGCUGUGAGAAUCUCCAGCAAAGGCCCAACCGACAGAAGCCAGAGUUGGAGCGAUUCAAACCCAGGGAUAUCACCAAGAGGAGGGCCAUCAUUCCAUGUGAUGAGCUGCAGCAAAGGCCCCAUCAGCCAAUGCCAAAGCCAGAUAAAGCUGCCCUGGUUAAACUCCCAGCGAUUCCACGGUGGACGGGCUCCAUCUCAUAUGAGGAGUACCAGAAGCUGAACCAGAUGCCAGACAGCACCAUCAACACAGAGGACCUGAAGGAGUUCUUAAACUCACUGGGCAUUACUCAUAUUGAAGACCCGGCAACUACGGUGCCUGACGAUCCCCUGAUCGAUGCCCAGUCUGAUGCCUUCAAAGAAGUCUUUGAGCAGUUUGCAAAGAACAGUGAUGGCUCUCUCAAUGAGGAGGGCCUGGCGUCCACGCUGGACAGAGUGGGGAUCAGUAUCAGCCCAGAGGAGGUGAAGAAAGCCCUGCAGAAGGCUGACUACGACAAGGACGGAGAGGUGGGGUUUCAAGAUUUCCUGCAUGUGAUGGCGGACAGCCAGCGCUUCUCCAAGUGCUUGAAAGGAGCGGACCCAUCCCAGUCUGUUGAGGUGUGUGAGACAGUGUUUUACAAGGCCCUGACCAGGAUGCUGGCUGCUGGUAUCCUGUCCAGUGGUACUACAACAGAGAUAGUACAGUACUACCAUAAAAAGACUCUGAGGCUGAUCCGGCAGGCCGUGCGACCAGACAGGGAGGACGGGGACCAUGUUCUCACCUACUACACCAAGGGAGCUCAUCUCAUAGGCCUGAAGAGCAAGCAGCUCCUCAAGUACAUCCAGCCAGUGGAGACAAUUGCCCAAAGCCAGAAGGUGAAGGACAGCCCGUACUUGAGGUGUCCCAGCCUGAACGUGGCCUACACCUCCUGGGACCCCCGGCGCAUGUCCCUGAACCCUGCACAGAGGGCCAAAUUGGGCCACGUGAAGUCUGUCAAGACCUGGAAGACCGCUGAGAUCGAGGAUCGCAUCAGACAACUGUCAAUCAAGCACCCCGGGAUGGAGAAAAUGGAGAUGAUCACGCCUGUGAAGAUGAAGGUGAACAUGUCCAUGAAGGAGAGGGACCACCUCACUUACAAUGAGAUCAACCAGAUAAAGCAGAUGUCCAAAUCAAGUCUGAACGAGUACCUGAAGGACCUGACCCAGCUGAAACGCAGGGACAUGUGGAUCUCCUGGGGCUCCCUUCAGUGUUACUGUGCCCUCCACAGCCGAAAGGACUUCCACAAAACCUUCACCACCUACUCCUGGUCCUGGAGCGGCUGUCGCAACAUGAUGGAGACUGGAGACCUGGACGCUCCCUGUAGGUCCGCCCUACGCCCCCAUGUAGCCAACCACUGGAGCCCAUCGCCAGGAUCGGCGUGCCUCGUCCAAUCAGGGAGACUAAAAAGAGAAGACCCUGGCGGCAACCCCGUUGACAGGAAGAGCAGUACACUGUAGAAAAGAGGAAUAACACCAAUAGCAAUCAUAACAAUACUGAUACGAUCAAUUACUUUAACCACAAAGAUCCCAGCCACCCCCACUUCCUCUGACCACAGUCUCCACUCCCCCACCCCUCCUGAUCCCAGUCCCAGACUUCGACCAGAGCGGCUGUAGUUAUGAGUGCAACAACCCCCCAUGUUAUGUGUACAAACAGGACCGGCCCCCUAGCUGAUCUGUUGCUCUGGGCCUAACUUACAUUAGCCCUCCACUGAG